GGUUCGGAAGCAUACCCCAAUUUGCUCAAUUUCUUAAAUGUCCCGCAAUUGUAGCCCAAAAAUCGACACAGAACUAUGUUCAACAGCAGCAACAGCAGCAAUAGCAUCUCAAUCCCAGUUUCCGACGACGAUUCCGAUGACUACACCGCAAGGAUGCGAGUCCGAGUCCGGCGAAAGCGGCGGAAAUCAGCAAACAUCCGAUCCAACACUGAGUUAACUCGACGAAUCGUGAGGAAACUCGCCAAGUGGUGGCCUCUCUUGCUGUUCCUCCCUGCUAUGGCGUUGCUUCUUUUCGAAGCUUCUCGACUCGGCCGUAAACCUAUUAUUGACCGGCCGAAUCACGAGAACAACUCGGAUUGGACUCGGGAGAGGUUGAGUUCUCCUAUAGUAGAUGACACGAAUCUGAAUCAUAGUAAACCUGUUUAUCAUAGAGUUGCGGGUGGUGGAAAAGAACGUUGCUUACCAAUCCUAUCUGCUGAAGAUCUUGAGAUUCUGGAUAUCCCUGUGGAACUGAAAGGUUCAAAGGGUCCUGUUAAGAAUUUGAUAUAUGUCUCAGAAGAUAACAACCCUUACGCGGGAGAAAAUUCAACAUUUUCUCAUCACAAAACAAAUGAUGGAAGAUUUAACUUAUUUACAGGGUACCAAUCGUUAGUCCAGAGGGAGAAAAGUUUCAAGGUGACUGAAAAUCCUAUGGUGCAUUGCGGUUUCUACAGUGUAAAUGGAGGAUUUAAAAUUUCGCUCGAGGAUAAAAACUAUUUGCAAACUUGCAAAGUUGUUGUCUCUACUUGUGCAUUUGGCGGUGGGGAUGAUCUUUAUCAACCUAUCGGGAUGUCCAAGGCAUCCCUUCUAAAGGCCUACUUUCAGGUCUGCUAUGUGGCUUUUUGGGAUGACAUCACCGUUGCUACACAAGAAGGGCAGGGACAGAAAAUUGGUGAUAAUCAUUGUAUUGGCAAGUGGCGGAUUGUGGUUAUCAAGAAUCUACCUUUCACAGACCAACGUUUGAAUGGUAAAAUUCCAAAGAUGUUGGGCCAUCGGUUAUUCCCAAAUGCGUUGUAUUCUAUAUGGGUUGAUUCAAAGUCUCAGUUCAGGAGGGAUCCGUUCGGAGUGCUGGAAGCACUGCUCUGGAGAUCAAACUCUGUGCUUGCAAUUUCACAGCAUGGUGCCCGCAGUAGUGUGUAUGAUGAAGCUAAAGCUGUUGUCAAGAAAAACAAGGCAACCCCAGAAGAAGUAGAGGUGCAACUAACCCAGUACCGCCAUGAUGGUCUUCCCGAGGACAAGACAUAUAAUGGAAGAAAAGCCCUAGCCGAAGCUUCCAUCAUUGUUAGGGAGCACUCACCCUUAACUAACUUGUUCAUGUGCAUUUGGUUCAAUGAAGUGGUUCGCUUUACGUCUCGUGAUCAGCUUAGCUUUCCCUAUGUUCUCUGGAGGCUGAAAGUCCUGAAUGAUAUCAACAUGUUCCCUGUUUGCACCCGCAAAGAUCUUGUUAAUAGUAUGGGACACAAACGCAAGGCCAAACCAUUAGUAAUUUGAACUGUACUUGCUAUUCUUUUUUCAAUAUCUUCCUGGAGCCUGAUAGAAGCAGAUUGUUGAUGCAUUUACUGUUGAUAUGUUUCGUCAAACUUGAUCAAAUGGAGUUCAAGGAUAGAUCUGGUGUUCAAUCAUACCUUACAUUUGCUAGCUGCAAUGCCGCUGCAGGAGCUGCGAGCUGUGAGCCGCAGAAUGCAUGAUGAUGCAACGAGACUCAUUCUUUCAAACUUGAACCUUUUUGGUAUCCAUGAAAGUGAUGGAGAAAGUAGGGAAACAAAGAAAUGUGUAAAGAUUUUUUAAUUAAAAUAAAAACAUUGAAAUAUGCUAUUUUUUUUUCCUAAAGAAAUGACUUAGAGAUUAGUUUCUACGGAAUUUUGGGAGGUAACUAGCUAGUGGUAGAUUAUCGUUUUGGGAACGCUUGUAACAACAGAAAGAACGUAUUAUCUAUUCCCUGUUGCUUUUUAUGUUGCAUUGUUUUCCGUCA